CGUCGCCAUGAGUGAGUAUAAACUGGAUUCAUUCGAUAACUAUAUAAAGGUGGCUUGAUCGCCAAUAUGGUAGUAUUACAAGCACUACUCUAAGAUGAAAUCGUUUGUCGUGUUCUGUGUUUUGGUAGCUGGCGCUUUUGCCGCUAACGUAUCCCUACCCCCAAAACAGAAUGAAAAAGCAAAUCAAAUAGCUACCGAAUGUAUGAAAGAAUCUGGCUUAAAACCUGAAGUGCUAGCCGAAGCCAAGAAAGGCCACAUCAGCGAUGACGAACAUCUCAAGAAGUUCACCUUCUGCUUCUUCAAGAAGGCUGGUAUCGUCAGUGAAGAUGGGAAGCUGAACACAGAAGUAGCUUUGGCCAAGUUACCCCCUGGAGUUGACAAGGCAGAGGCAGAGAAGCUUCUAGAAACCUGCAAGGGUAAAACUGGCAAAGAUGUAACUGACACAGUCUUCGAGAUCUUCAAAUGCUACCAUCAUGGUACUAAGACUCAUAUUUUGCUUGGAUUUUAAUUAUUAAAAUUAAGUUUAGUGUUAUGACCCCCGUUGCGAAAUAGUUUUUGUUUUGUUUGACCCCUUUGUCGUCUCUAAAUGACCCCUUUACUAGAUUUGCUGUAAAUGACCCCCGAAAAAUUAUAACACGUAAUAUUUAAUCUAGUAUAGAUAUUUUGUGUUGCCAUCCUUUUUUACAAAAAAAAGAGCCUCAUUUCGUAUUAAGUUUUUUAAAAUGUUUAUCAAAAAGCAAAGCUGUGAAAAAUGUUACCAACUAAAUUAUUGUUUUUAUUUAUUUAUUCAAAUAAAUGAUAAUGUCUUUUAAA